GGAGGGAGGUGGGUCGGGGGUGGUGAAACCCGGGGCGCGGCGGGUCCGCCUCUUUUCCAUUGAUGAAAUUUAAAUUCCUCGGGGUUUUGCCUCCCGCCCGCCGGCCCGGGAGGGACUGACUGCUCGGCGGAGGGGCCAGCGCGGCGGGCGGGCUGCGCCCAGCGGGGCCGGGGCCGCUGUCUCUCUGUCUGUCUCUGUCUCUCUCCCUGCCUCCAUCCCUCCCUCCCCGCCGCUCGGCGGCAGCCUGCCCUCCCUCCCGGCCCUUCCCUCCCGGCCCUGGGGUAAAACCAGCCAAAACAAGUCAGCCUGUGUUUAUAAGAGCAAAGUAUUUAUUUUAUUAAAGAGCGAAAAUGGCAUCUUUUGCGAAAGAUUUCAGCAAAGCAAUGUCUCAAGCUGGCAGUUCACAGUUUCAGGAAGUCAUUCGACAAGAGCUGGAGUAUUCCAUGAAAGUAGAACUUGAUAAGAUACUUGCGACUGCACCUUCAAAUGAGCUAGAGCACACUAAAAACGAUCUGGAAGGAUUUAAGAAGCUAUUUCAUAGAUUCCUACAAGAAAAGGGACCAUCUGUGGACUGGGGGAAGAUUCAGAGGCCUCCAGAAGAUUCUAUCCAGCCCUAUGAGAAGAUAAAGGCCAGAGGACUGCCUGAUAACAUUGCUUCUGUCUUGAACAAGCUGGUGGUGGUGAAACUCAAUGGCGGCUUGGGCACAAGCAUGGGUUGUAAAGGCCCAAAAAGUCUUAUUGGGGUGCGGAAUGAGAACACCUUCUUGGAUCUGACAGUUCAGCAGAUCGAGCAUUUAAACAAAUCCUACAACACUGAUGUUCCUCUUGUUCUCAUGAAUUCCUUCAACACUGAUGAUGACACUAAGAAAAUCUUGCAGAAGUACAGUCACAGCCGUGUGAAGAUAUAUACUUUUAAUCAAAGCAGGUAUCCUAGAAUUAACAAGGAAACUCUGCUGCCCAUAGCCAAGGAUGUAUCUUACUCAGGAGAGAAUACGGAGUGCUGGUAUCCCCCAGGCCAUGGAGAUAUCUACGCCAGUUUCUAUAACUCUGGUCUGCUGGACAACCUUAUCGCAGAGGGGAAGGAAUAUAUUUUUGUAUCCAAUAUAGAUAACUUGGGUGCCACUGUGGACCUUUACAUUCUUAACCAUCUUAUGAAUCCACCCAAUGGGAAACGCUGUGAAUUUGUCAUGGAAGUCACAAACAAAACCAGGGCGGAUGUGAAGGGUGGCACGCUCACGCAAUAUGAAAACAAGCUGAGGCUGGUGGAGAUAGCUCAGGUCCCAAAAGCACACGUGGAUGAAUUCAAGUCUGUGUCAAAAUUCAAAAUAUUCAAUACCAAUAAUUUGUGGAUUGCUCUGUCUGCGAUUAAAAGGCUGCAAGAGAAAAACGCUAUUGACAUGGAGAUCAUUGUUAACCCAAAGACUCUGGAUGGAGGCUUGAACAUUAUCCAGCUGGAGACUGCAGUAGGUGCUGCUAUUAAGAGUUUUGAGAACUCUCUGGGAAUAAACGUACCUCGUAGCCGUUUUCUGCCUGUUAAGACCACGUCGGAUCUCUUGCUUGUGAUGUCUAAUUUGUACAGCCUUAAUGCUGGGUCUCUAACAAUGAGCGAGAAGCGUGAAUUUCCAACAGUGCCUCUUGUCAAACUGGGAAGUUCUUUCACAAAGGUUCAAGAUUACCUGCGGAGGUUUGAAAGUAUUCCAGAUAUGCUGGAGCUGGAUCAUCUCACGGUUUCAGGUGAUGUUACAUUUGGGAAGAAUGUUUCAUUAAAGGGAACAGUUAUCAUCAUUGCAAAUCACGGGGACAGAAUUGACAUCCCAGCUGGAGCGCUACUAGAGAACAAAAUCGUAUCUGGCAAUCUGCGCAUCCUGGACCACUGAGUCAGUGACAGGGCACGGUCAGUUCUGUAGACUGCUGUGCUAAACCAGCCUUGUAAUGGAAGAACCUUUUAAGCAUUAGAAUUAUAAGUACACAGAGGGCCUAUGCUUUGUCAUCUUCACAGUACCCUGCAGUAUUAAUUUAAAAUUAAUUUCUCUUGCUUAUCUUUUUAAGCAGACACACAUAACGCAAUGGAUGUGCGUAAGUAAUGCUUCAGUCCUUAAAGAGAUUCUGUAACUCAGUUAAUAUAACCUUGAAGUGCAAUACUGUUUGUCUUGAGGUAAGAUGGACAGAUCUUCUUUGACAAGAAGUUAAGAGGCUUGCCUCUAACAUUUAGUAGUUUUGAAUUGCUUGUAACUGCAGAAAUAAAGCUGUGAAGCAAUACAUGUGGGACAACACGGUUAGCUACUCACGUGGCUUUUAAUGAAGUGUAAGUGGCAGGCACAGUUGAAAACCAAAAGUUUCACUACUGCUAAACGGGCUGUUAAAACCCCUGUAUUCCAUGUGCUCACAACUCUCCCCAGCUCUAGCCCUCUCCAUCCCCCACGGCCUGCAGGCGGGAUGUCCCCAUCCCAACUGUACGUCAAGGUGCUGGGGUAAGGCUCUCAAUACCUCCACUUCUGUAUUGUGAGAGUGGGAACCGGUGCUGUUCCAAACUCGCCCAAAGAAUCUAAUACUUGAGAAAAAUGCCUCAGUAUCCACGUGUGGUGUUUGCUUUUUCACAUCCCAUUUAAGACUGGAUCUCUCGUUAAUAUCUUAAUCCUUGAUCUGCCCUCUUUUUUUUUUUUUCAAUAAAUGGAUCAUGUUGACUACACACAUGUUCAUAUUGUCACAGCCAUGUAUGUUAAUUUAUCUUCUCUCGAGUCAUUUCUAAAUUUGUACAGGAACGGAAAUCCCUGUCCCGAUCACUAUUGAUUUCUUAAUGUUUCUCUUGUAUUUACAUGCAGACAACUUUAUUUUAUAAGCUUAGUAUAACACUGGUAUGUAUCAUUAAAGAAGUUGGUCUUUAAAAACAA